AUGGAUACAACCCUGGCGGCAGAGCAGCCUCCGUGCGUGAAGCGUGAGCGCUCUCCAAGCCCAGUGCCCGGGGCGGAGAUCCGCGACGUUAAGCGCCAGGCAGAGGCGACGUCUGCAGUCGUCCGCACACCCCCGGAGUUUCCCUGGCGAGCCUGCCAGCAGCUGAGCGGUGUCGAGCGACUUAAGAUCAAAGAAAAGGCUGUCGAGCAGGCUGAGGUGGAUUGCCAGAAGAUCCGAAAUGUCUUGGAAGUAGCCCUCUACCGACUGGCAAAGGAUCCCGACACCAAAGACGCCGUCAUGAUGGGUCAAAACAUCAUCAAGGAGUGGCUCAAGGAACACGAAAACGUCUACAAGAAACACGAGGACCUUCAGAUUCUAGUAGGUGUCGAAGGCCCUACCGGAGCCGGGAAAUCGUCAUUCCUCGGUUCACUGCUCCAAAUCCCGGAGCUAUUCCCAUCUGGCCAGGAAGCUGCCGCGACCGCUGUCAUUGGCAAAGUCUCUUGGAACGACUUGGAUGAUCCUGACUAUGCUUUUCGGGCGAAGAUCGUCCUCCGAAAGAAAGAAGACAUUGAGAGCGAUGUUGAGUCACUGCUUGUAGAACUCAACCGCUACUCGGACCUCUUGGCCAAUAGGUUCGACGCACAGGAUGACGAAGAUGCACUCAGCCUUGCCGACGCGAAAACAGAGUCCAAGAACAAGAUUGACUACGAACUACCCAAGAUCAGAGCUGUCUGGGGCAUCGAGAAACGCGAUCUAGAGAUCAUGGCUAGUAGGUGCCCGGGAAAGCGAUCCUACACCGACACCGUCCAGAGUAUUCUGAGCAGGAACAAGCCAGCUCUGAACAUGCUUGAGAAGGGCACCCUGAACGUCAACAGGCCAACCGCGAAGCAACUCUCUGCUUUGAUCAAGCCGUAUCUUGACUCCACCACAGUUCAAGUGGGAUCAAGUGUCCGGUAUGCGGUUUGGCCUCUCGUUGAGGAGGUUCAUAUCUACGCCAAAUCAGAUAUUCUCAAACCUGGAAUCACCCUUGUCGAUCUCCCUGGGUGCGGCGAUGCUACCACUAGUCGCUCCGAAGUUGCGCAAAAGUUCUCCAGUCAGCUGGAUGUUCGAAUGGUGGUUAGCCCCAUCAUCCGAGCGACAGAUGAAAAGCAAGCGCAGGCGCUCAUGCAAAGCGGAUUUGAUGAAGCACAGAUGAGAAUUCGUGGGAAGCUUGAUGGAAAUGGUUUUGGCGUGAUCGUUUCCAAGAUGGAUGAGAUUAAAGUUGAUUCCUACAUUGAUGGCUGCGACGAACUCUGCGACAAUCCGGAAAUUCUUCAGAAGGAAGCCAGGAACGAGGAACUCAAGACCGAAAAGUUCACCCUCAAGUCUCAGAAUGCAGCCUUGAAAGACAAGAAGAGGUACGCCGAAGCUUGGAAGAAGAAGGCACAGAAGCAAUACCAGGUUGCCUUGAAGAAACAUGAAGGGAAACUUCAAGCGAACCCAGAUGAUAGUGACGAACAAGUCAAGAAACUCCGAGACAUCAUGGACAUAAAGGUCCAGGAGUUCGAAGCAGCGGACAAAGCGCUUGAUCAGCACCAGUUGCGCCAGGGCCAAAUUGAGAACGAGAUGGCGUACCUGAAGGACUGGCUUCAUCAUCGCGCCAGCCAGACUCGUAACAGACGAGUCAAGAAGCGCAUGCGUGACGACUUUGCUACUCGACAGGCUGAGUAUGACGAUGUCGUCCCGGGCAAGAGAUCUCAGCACCUCCAAGAGUAUGUGCUUCCAAUCUUUCCCGUAUCAACCAAGGCCUUCUGGCAACUUCAAAACAGAGAAGGGCCAUUGGAAGGAUUUCCCAGUCUCAGGUUUACCGGGAUCCCUUCUGCAGAGCAAUGGUUGCAUCGAGCCACGUUGAGCAAACGUGAGAAACACCUCGACGAAACUCUGGAUGGUUACCAGAGCCUCAUGACCAUGAUGAGAAUCUACUCUCAAACAAGCGGCCAGGAUGGAAAUUUUGACUUUAGCAGGUCUGAGGUGGAGAGUGCAGUGGCUAAGACCCAUCAAAUCUUUGCUAAGGAGCUGUCUUCCAAGCUCACUAAAGCUUGCGACGAGAUUCGAAAACUUGAUCCUCUUGAGCACCGAGUACGCGCCAUGAAGAAGUUCACGGCGGAGGCAAAGAAGAUUGUUCUGCGAUGGUCAUACAAGUUCCCUGACGUUCUCACCAGCACCAUAAAGAUGCACUGGGCCACCUACUAUGCCAACAUCUGCCGUUAUGGAGCAGAAUACACAAGCUUCUCAACCCCGAGAGUAACCUAUAACUGGAUGAAAAGCCUCGCCUCGCCUGUUCUGAAGACUCUUGGCAAGGAUUGGGAUUACAAGAUGAACAAAAAACUGCCAAAGAUCCGAAUUCCCAUGAUGGCCGGAUUCUCAAAGAUUUGGAAGGAAUAUCUUGAUACGCUCCAGCAAGACAUCAGCAGCAAAGUGCCAUCUCUUGGAGUGAGCUUCAACAGCAUGAGGCCAAUUCUCGACACUUCUCAGCGAGCGACGGAGAACAAAAUUCGCAAGACUAUCGACAACCUGUCUCAAAAGGCUUCCAGCGUCGCGUUUGAUUCUGUCGAGUUUUUGACAGAAGAAAUGCAGCCCACUUUUGAGGACUGCAAGGAGACUCAUGGCCGUGGUUCCUAUCAGAGACGAAGAACGAUCAUCAACGAAAAGGUUGAGCAGGAUGUAGAGCCUAUGUGCAACGAGAUGCUGAACCGUCUCGCCGAUGGUCUUGAUGAAAAGAAGGCCGAGGUCCCCGGUCAGCUGGUCCUCAUUGCAGAGGAAGCCAUCAAAGGCGUCAAGCAACAACUGUCCUUCCUGGUGAACAAUCUGGUGGAGAACUCCGCAGAUGGUUCUGAGAUCAACACCCAGAAAACCGAGCUGCAGACGGAGAUCCGCGAGUUAGUUGAAGCUUGGGAGGAUGCAUGGGCUGAGAAGGGAAACUACCCAGAGCACAUCCUCGACCUGGAUCUCAGCAUUCCAGAGGAGAUUCCGGCGCCCAUCUUCGAUGAGGACAAUCAAGACGACAUGGAUCUUGAUAUCCUCGGUGACGAGGACUUUGAAGACGCGGUUUAA